AGUCCAAUUAAGUAAUCAAGUGAGGGCGGAGCCAGCCCAAACUCCCAUAUCUGACUUUGGCAGAACCAGCAGCAGCAGUGCUCUCUGGGAACGCCACAAACUUUUAUGUAAAAAGUUGUAAUGGGGUUCAGAGUGGCUGUUCUGUUUGGGUUUGUGCUCCUCCUCUCUGCUGGAACCUUCUGCUCCGCCACAAAUGAGACACUGGAGCAGCUGACGGCCAUCUCCCAUCAGGCGGCGGCGGAGCAGCAUCAGGCCAACCGGACGGACCCGAGCCGCCCGCUCCACUCUCCCUACACCAUCCGGCUCAGGAUCCACCAGCUCAAGAACCCGGCCGUCAAGCAGAACCUGAAGCAAAGCCCGGAGAACCCUCUGGCGGUGCAGCCCAGACACUUCUCCUCCUCGGUACCAGCCCGGAGCCUGGAGCUGAGCCUGCUCCCCGAGAAGGAACCAAAGAUGCUGGAGAGCUUUGAGCGGCGCGUGCCCGUGCCAGCUGAGAGCGUGUCGGUGCGCUGUGGCGAGGACAAGGUCAUCGUGGCGGUCCAGCAGAACUUCUUAGGAAAUGGGAAGUUGAUCCAUCCCGGAGAUUUGACCUUAGGGGGCUGUGCGGCGGUGGACGCCGUGGACCGGAUCCUGCUGUUCCAGGCGGAGCUGCAGGGCUGCGGCAGCACCGUGAAGACGACGGAGGAGGUCCUGGUCUACGCCUUUCCUCUGAAGUACCUGCCGACGCCCAUCGGCAGCACGCCGCUUCUGAAGACCAACCCGGCUGAGGUGACGGUCGAGUGCCACUAUCAAAGGAAGCACGUCGUCAGCAGCGCCGCCUUGAGGCCGGCCUGGGAGACGCAGGCCGUCCAUCUGGGUGCAGAGCAGCGGCUGCAGUUCUCGCUGCGCCUCAUGACAGAGGACUGGCAGUGGCAGCGGCCCUCCAACGUCUACUUCCUGAACGACGUGAUGCACAUCGAGGCGUCGGUGCUGCAGGGUCACCACGUCCCCCUCAGGGUCUUCGUGGACAGCUGUGUGGCCACCGCCAGCCCCCAGCCCGGCGCCAAACCCCAGUACGCCUUCAUCAGUAACCACGGGUGUUUAAUAGACGCAAAGCAGACGGGAGAGCAGUCUUACUUCAUGCAGAGGCUGCAGGAGAAUAAACUUCACUUCCAGCUGAAAACCUUCAGGUUCAACAAAGACCAAAGCAACAAUUCGUUCUACAUCACCUGCCACCUGAAGGCGACCCAGCUGCACGCUCCUAUCGACUGGCAGCACAAAGCCUGCUCCUUCCUGACUGAAGCCAAAAGAUGGGUGGCGUCGGGCGGAGACAACAAGGUGUGUAGCUGCUGCGAGAGCAGCUGCAGCGAGCCGAGGAUGAGGAGGAGCUAUGCAGCAGACGCAGAGCUGCAGGUGGAGGGAACCGUCGUUCUGGGCCCGAUCCUCGUCAUGAAGGACGUCCAUGAGGAGCUGCCUGCAGGACCAGAGCUCCCACCAGAACCCGUUCCCGAGCUCCAAACGCAGGAGGAGGAGCCAAGCGCCGCGCCUUACCUGUCGACCGGCCUGCUGUGUGGGGCGGGGGCUAUGCUGGCAGUGAUGGUGGCGUUCCUGAGCUCUGCCGUCUGCAGCAGACCUCGCAAACCUGCCGUCUUUUCAGUUUGCUCCUGAUUUAAGCCAAUAAAAUAUUUAUAUCCAA